CAGUCGUUCUGAGAACACGGUGCAAGCAGGAGCUGCGCUAGUUUGCUCCGCUGCCGACAGAUCGCGCGAGUGUCGUAUUCAAACUGAACAUAACCCCAAAAACAGGGUCGGAUGGUGUUUUCAAAACAAACCCCCGAGUGGUUCCCCGUUUUCUUCGAUUCAACAUGAGUCUAUAUUAUUUUCCGGAUGUGUUUAAACUAGAGUUAAACAGUGAGUGACUGUGAGAAUCAAAAUCUAGUUUUUCCUCGUUCAUACAAGGAUAUCUAGUGACUAAUUCAAAUUCAAUUAAAAGUACAAUAAUACUUAAAAGUUGAUUUAUUCUCAGUUUCUAAACUCGGUUUGAAUUCGGGCUGUACAGUGUGUGACAAAUUCUAGUUUUCCUCGCUUAUCCUGAGGAUGUCUAGUGAUUAAACUUGACUGAAUUACAAAAACUUUUUGUCUUCUGAUAAUAUUAUAAGAGUAGAUAUCUUAUAAAUAUUAUUAAGAGUAGUGUUGAAUCACAAAAAAAUUUGUAAAAGUGUUUUUCACCUGUCUUUGCGUGCGAUAGAUACGUGUUUGGGAAAACUUCUAAAGAGAUUUGUGAAGGUGUCAUUAUUUUUUUGGAUGUUGUCAGUUGGUGUUUUAAAUAUCCUGAGUGAUAGCCUAUGAUAAAUACCUGGAAGAUUUAUUAAACACCAGUUAAUGUACGAAAUGUUCAUUUAAGAAGUGACAGAAUUCGAGUGAUUUUAGAAGUUGAUCUGAAGUUUAGUUAAUCACAAAGUGCAACUGGACAUAGGCUACGCUGAAGUAAACCGUUCAAAAUUGUUCUGUGUUUUGAAAUUGUUUUGAAUACUGAGUGUUUCUGAGGGAAAUACAUAGUGACCGUGACUGGAUUGAACAAGCGAAAAUUUACGUACAACUUUUCAGAUAGUUGUAGGCUUUCUCGCGAAAAUAACUCUGAUUCCUUACCAAGUUGUGAUUGUUUUGACACAAAUCUUAACAAUCUCAAUCAACGUCCUACAAGUUUUAAUCUGAGACUAGAGAGAGCUGACAAAAACUAUUUUCUUACCAAGUUACUCUGCCAACAAUAUUCUUGAGAUACUGUGCGUGUCGGUUAGAUUGAAUUAAAGUUCUCCAAAAUUCGAACUACAAAUAGCAGAGGAUAAAAGACAAUACAAGUGCGCCGAAUUGCAAUAAUCCUUCCCGAAGGAACCAGCAGCGUCGUUCAAUUGGAAAACUUCUUCUGAAACUUUUCGAGCUCGAAGGAAAUUGAAACGGAUUUGAGGUGUUUUCACAGUCCAGCGAUUCUGUAGAUUCGAGUGACAGAGUGACAAUUUUUGAAUCAAGUGUGUGUGAAACUUUCGAAAAACAAGUUGGAGAAUUUCGGAUUUCCUAAAUCACCCUACUGAAUGGUAUCAUCUGAUCACCUCUACUAUGAGAUGGGAAUAGGUGAAGGGGGAGGUGGAAUUGGCGGACCAACAGCUUUUGUGCGCAUGCGCGAGUCUCACCAAUCAGCGCAUGGCAAAACUAGCUCCAGUAACCUCAUGAUGGAUGUGUGGGCUUCGGUGGCCUCGUGGUACUUCAGACCGGACGGAGCAACGGGAGGGAAUCUCAGUAGUUCGACACCCACCCCGGGCCAGGCGCUACCACUACCGCCAUCUAUUUGCACGGCAAUAAGAUGCACAGUACCCGGAUGCAGCUGUGAGUGCUUCACUCCAGGCAAGCAGCACAUUCGUUUCUGCGAAAACUGCUCCCACGGUUGGGUACCUCAUGCCCUGGACAAAUUGGGAUUCCGACAAGUGCUGGGCCAAUGUCCCGUUGAGCCGGUGCAGCCAAACGUGGCGUUCGACAUCGCCUCACUGGUGCUGUACGGCUGUCAGGCGCUCCCCAUCCGCCUCAAGAUCCUACUGGACCGGCUGUUCAGUGUCCUGCAACGCGACGAGGUCGUUCAGGUGCUCAGGGGAUUUGGGUGGACGCAUGAGGACUAUGCGCGCGGCUACAUACUGCAGGAGCCCCACGGAGCCGUUCUGGAUCGCUGGAACAUCUGCACUCCCGAGGAGGAGCCACUCGUUCUGCAGCAAUUCCUAAGGUUCGGCGAAACACGAGCGAUCACCCAGCAACUGUUGCUGCAUGGCCUGUCCGGCAUGGACGGACGCCUCGGCCAUCUUCCCCGGAUAGAGUCCGACAUCAAGAAGUUCAUUGAAAGGGCUGCCACUGGCGGGGGAGCAGGAGGAAGGAGUGAGGAGAGAAGACGUGAGAGAGGAGGAGAACGAGAUCUCAAAGACGAGCCGAAAAUUACGAUCAAACCGAUUCAAAGUCUCCAACAACCGCAGUCUCAUCAGGUGCCGUUGAGACAGACAUCUCCGCCACCAUCACAGAAGCCACAUGUACCACCACCUCCCGUCCCUUCGAUGAGCUUCCUAAAACUGCCACAGACCAACGGACCUCUCCCAGCAUCUCCCCCAAACAGCAUCUCAAACAGUCCGGUCAGUGUGUCACCGCUCAAUCGACUCCAAAACAUGCAACCGUUCGACUUCAGGAAGCUCGCAUCAGCGCCAAACGUCAAAGGCAGUCCUGAAAGACGGAGGACUUCGGAAACCUCGGACACAAGUCCUCCAGGGCUGAUGAACUUGGUUGUUACCAGCCCUGUACCACAACCCACCCCUUUGCCACCCCCUCCGCCCACCCACACCACCAUCCCUCCACCUCCUGCCACAGGGGUCCAUCCAGCUCCUCUCGAUCUACACAGUGGUGCAACCACUGCAGCAUCUUCAGAGUUUGGCUCUGAUGAUGACGAUGAUAACACAACCAUCGAUGACGAUUCACACAGUGCAUUGAAUUUGAGUCGAGACGCUCCUCAAAAGUUACCAAGUUCACGACAGGGACGUCCGCCAGGGUCGGCGCAUCACCGCAAAACUAGCACACCUGUCAAACGUCAAUGGGGGUCAUCCAGUUUGCCACUCAACUUGGGCACUCAGCUGAUCAACCCAGCCACCGGCAAGAAACGGGUGCAGUGCAAUGUUUGCCUCAAGACAUUCUGUGAUAAGGGUGCACUCAAGAUUCAUUUCUCAGCUGUGCAUCUGAGGGAGAUGCACAAGUGCACUGUGGAGGGUUGCAACAUGAUGUUCAGCUCCAGAAGGUCCAGGAACCGACAUAGUGCCAACCCCAACCCCAAACUUCAUUCACCUCAUUUGCGCAGGAAAAUAUCCCCUCAUGAUGGCAGAACUGCUCAAUCCCACCCUCUCUUCCCACCAAUCCCACCUUCUGCCCUCAAUCCUCUCACCUUUGGCUCUUUCCCCCUCCUCACCCCUCCACCACAGGCAGCCGUUCUUGACUUGAAACAAAGUCUGGAUCUGAGUCUUGGCAGCAGGAAGGACAGCAUGUCCGAGGAGUACAUGAUGGAUGAAGACGACGAAGAGGGUAUUGUGGUGGUGGGAGAGGAUGAGGACAACUAUGACAAACCACCAAGCACUGAAGGCAGUAUGGUGGGAAAUGAGGAGGUUGGUAGCAAACGAUUGAAAAUGUCGGAGUCUGAUGUGGAUAUUGAUGAUUAUAAUGAUGAAAGUAAUGAAGAUUCGUUGAGUGUGAGGCCUGAAACGAAGGUGACCAGGAAAAGAAAAAGCCAAAAUCCCACUCGAUGUGCUCAACCAUCAGUCAUGAUGACUGACGAGGAGGGCAACAGUGAUGAAGAAUCUUCCAAUGAUGUUGUUUUCCCCAACAUGGAAGACACUACUUCAAGGAACACUGUUGAUGAAGAUGAAAAGACUGAUAACAAUUUUCAGAUGGAAAACAACAAUGAAAAUUGCAAUAAUAUUGAGAAAGCUGAGGAUAUGUCGAUGAAAACAAGAGGGGAUAAUAUGGCUUUGAAGGAACAAGCAAAAGAGAGAAGACUGUCAAUGGAGGAGGAUGAUGGGACCACAGUUGAAAAAAACGGGCUGGGUCACCAUCAGAAUCAUCACCAUCAACUAGAUCAAGAUGAUGUUGAUGAUGCUGAUGGUGAGUACAACAAAGCUCGGGUCUCACCUAAGGAUGACCAUGUUGGAGAAGGCAAUGAUAGUGAGAAAAAAAACGUGGAUGAGAGAAUUGAUGCAGAUGAUUAUUCACAGCAAGAAGGUGAAGUUAGAGAUGAGAAGAAAGAUACAACAAACAACAAUGAAGAUUCCUGUAAUGCAUUGAGGCAACUGGAAAAUUUGUCUCAAACUCGAUUUGGUGAAUGCAGUCCAACAAGAUCUCAAUCACGUGAAUCAGCUUCAGCCUCUGUAUCAGACUGUGGAUCAGAUGACAAUGGUGAUGUUGUUUAUGGACAUUUUGAGGAUGGCACAUUUAUACGUGCCAUGGAUGUGCCCAUUGACAAAGACAACCCACGUAUGUGCACUGCUUGUGGAAAGGUCUUCCAGAACCACUUUGGCGUGAAAACACACUACCAAAAUGUGCAUCUGAAGUUGAUGCACAAGUGCACUGUGGAUGGAUGCAAUGCCGCAUUUCCAUCCAAGCGUAGCAGGGAUAGACACAGUGCAAACUUGAAUCUUCACCGGAAACUACUGUCAACUUCUCUGGGAGACAAAGUGCCAGGAAAUGUGUUCCUGGAUGGUAAUGCUGGGUUCCAUGCUGAUAUAUUAUCCAGGAUUUAUGGAGGGGAACCAGGGGGACUAGGUCAUCAUGCACUGCCACCUCCAGGAUUACUCAAUGGAGACCAUCUCCCACCCCAUCCCCCAAUCUUCAUGCCACAUCUAGGGUACUUCCCUCAUUUAGGUGCUCCACUCAACGGGCAUUCAUCCAGGUCCAACUCUCCGCCUUCCCCCGGGUCACUCUCCAACCUCAAAGACGAGGACAGUGGCUAUCUACCCUGCAAGUUCUGCCAGAAAAGUUUGCCAAAUCCCUCGCUUCUGCAGGAACACUACCAUCAGUUCCAUUCGGCAGAAAUGGCAUCAUGUCCCAACCCUGGCUGUGGACGAAUGUUCACAUCCCAGCGGAAGCGCGACCUGCACUGUGAGAGGGACUGUCUACAUCGACAAAGCCUCUCGUGACCCAUUCCCUUGUCUAUAUGGUGGUAAAUUAGGCCAUUCUACACCGAUAACCGUCUAUUCUACUCAAAAUCAUCACUUGUAGAUCUCCACUAGAGAAUGUGUUUUAAUAUGAUGGAUGACAUUCUAUUCUAAAAAAUUACCCCUAAUAUAUAGAAAAGAGAUUGUACCGUGUCAUUGUGGUAAACUAGACCAAUAUACUCAAAGGACAACCUUUAAUUCUAAAAAUAUUAUCACUCAUAUUUCACAGAUUUUCAAAAGAGAUUCGUGUUCCCUCAGGCUGAACAAUUCUAGAUUGUCUACGGUAUUAAAAAUUGUGAUGCCAUUAGGAUGAAAUAUUUCGAGCAAAAUAAACAAUAUUACAGCAUUUGUUCUCAUAAAUUUUGAAUCCUGUGUUUUGCUAAUUUCGAAAAUUGUGUAUAAUAUUUUUGGAUUCAAUAUUGCUAGUUGGUUCAGAGGAUUAAAUUUAUCAGAACUUAUAUAGUAUUUGAACAAAUUGUUUGAAUCCAUUAUACAAAUGGUUCGAUAAAAUAAAUAUUUGUGUUAUUUUUUUUUAGAAUUAGAAUACUCGAUAUUUGAAUUUAAAAUGUCAAUAAAUUAUACUGUACAACAAUACGAACAAACUGGUAACAAAAUUAUGUAUAGCUAGGUAUAAAUGCAAUCCAAUUUUCCAUAGAAUCUGGAAAUCAAGUUAUCCGUGUAUGAUGAUGUUUUUUUCAGUAAAUCGAUGGUAUAAGUUUGAUAAGUGGUUAUUGUUAUAAGUAGUAAUGAGACUUGUUUGACAUGCACACUUUUUUACUUGCGUACAAAAAGUCUGAAAACUGGUUGUUUCGCACUGAACAGUUACUACAAUUGUAUUAGGCCUACCGGUACAUGUAAAUACGUAAAAGCAUGAUUAUAUCUGCGAAUAGAUGAGACUUGUAGAUAUGAAGAAGGUCAUGGGAUAAUGAAUUCAACAUAAUCUUUCCAAAAAUUCGAAUUCGGUUAGAGUUCCCGAGAGAUUUUAUCCCUAUGUCUCAAUGUGUUUCCUAUGAUACAUUACAAUUGUUCAUAUAUGUUUGUAAAUAUUCUUGAUAAUCAAACGUUUGAAUGUGAUAGUUAAUUUUAAUUUGCUCUUUCAAUUUCGGCUUGCUCGGAUGGAUGGUUCUUUACAUCGAGUGUUCAAUGAAAAUAGAGUUUACUGAUAUUCAAUACCCAAGAUUUUCCAUUUCCAUUAUAACAUUGGCUUAACGUGUUACUUCCUUAAAAUGCUCAUUGUGGAAUGUCUGAUCAUUCAAUACUGGGAAUAAAUAUAUCAAUAUGGAUGAUGACACUCGAAAGAAAGGAGGAAAUUGCGGAAAUUCAUGUAACUCAAAGUGUUUUCCACAUAAUUGAAAAUAAAUUCAAAUUUGGGAAUGAUUUGAAACUUGUAAAGAAUCAACAAUCUCAAUAAGCGAACAACUAAAUCAAAAUAAUAAUCUAUGUCGUAUUAUAAAGUUAUAGCUACUAAUAUUAAUGAUAACAAAUUGUGUGUUCUAAGUAGGGUGAUAUCAAUGUAAAUUUUUCACUCAUAUAAUUGUUUUUAAUUCAAGGCUAUUUGUUUAUAUUUAUUUUAAUUUUAUAAUAGAUGUAUUUGUAUAGCAUAUAAAUUCACGUGUACCUUCCUUUGUAUUUUGUAAAUAGUACGUUUUCUCCUAAUAAAAAAAAACUAUUAUUUAAUUCUCGCUGUAAAAUUUGCGUUGUGUUCGGUACCUAGAGAAAUACUCAUAAACAGAAUGUACAGUUAUUAUAAAAACUAUAUACGUAAAUUAAUGUAAAUUGUUUUAUGUAUAAUUGAUAAUUCAAAUCACAUAGUUAUGAUGUAAUUACUAGAGUAGAGUACUUGGAAGCUUGCGAUAGAAAAUUUACAAAAAAUUUGCAUUUAAUAUUCGAAAUUUUAGAAUGCGUAUGAAACUGAGGGUUUCAAGAGCAUUAUCUUGAACUGAGAUACAUGAUUUGCAAAAUACCACCUAAUUGAAAAUGAUUAUCAUUUAUCGUAAUACUAUCUAGGCUAUUAAUUGUAUUCGAUAUGACAAUGUAUGUAUUCUACUGUAUGUACUUAAUUUUAAGCAUUUGCAUUAUUAAUUGUUUAAUUAAAUGAAUAUUACAUGAAUGUUGUGAUUUUAUUAUAAUAAUUAUUAUACAUUAUGAAUAUUGCAUAAAUUUAUUAUCGAUAAAGGCUAUUAAUUGGCUACCAAGUUGAAUAUCAAAAUAUGUGAAUCGAUUGUAUCAUGAAAAUUUUCACGAACUAGAGCUGGAUAUGUUGUAACGGCUCAGACUUUUAAAAUACUUAAUAAAACAUUAUUAGAUUAA